GCCCGGGGCGUGGCUAUGACAAUGGGAAGUGGGGCAGGCUGGGCUAGUGUUGUGUGACCUUCCCUUGUGAGAGUGACAGCAGCAAAGUACAAUGGCUCUGCUCAGAGGAAUUUUUGUUGUUGGUGCCAAAAGAACCCCCUUCGGUACAUAUGGGGGGCUGCUAAAAGACCACACAGCAACUGACCUGGGGGAGAUAGCCGCGAAGGCUGCCCUUGCAGCCGGGAAGGUGUCCCCUGAGGUUGUGGAUAGCGUGAUAUUUGGUAACGUUGCUCAGACCGCCACCGAUGCCAUCUACCUGGCCAGGCACGUAGGUCUGCGGGCAGGCGUCCCUAUCCCUGUACCUGCACUAACAGUUAACCGGCUCUGUGGCUCUGGAUUCCAGUCAAUUGUCAACGGAUGUCAGGAAAUUGCCCUCAGAGAAUCCGAGAUUGUAAUAUGCGGAGGAGCGGAGAGUAUGAGCCAAGCACCUUACGCUGUCCGGAACAUCCGCUUUGGUACCAAGCUGGGAGCAGACAUUAAGAUGGAAGACACUCUGUGGGCUGGGCUGACUGACUCUCACAUCAAGACCCCCAUGGCAAUCACUGCGGAGAAUCUAGGGUCCAAAUAUGGCAUCACCAGGGAAGACUGUGACAAAUACGCCUUCCAGACACAGCAGAGAUGGAAAGCUGCUCAGGAUUCUGGAUACUUUGCUGCUGAAAUGGCUCCUAUUGAACUAAAAUCAAGGAAAGGCACUAUCAAAAUGGAACAGGAUGAGCACCCUAGGCCGCAGACUACACUGGAACAGAUGGCCAAGCUGCCUCCCGUGUUCAAGAAGGAUGGGAUGGUCACUGCAGCAAAUGCCUCGGGAAUAUGCGACGGAGCUGGUGCCGUAAUAUUGGCCAGUGAAGAAGCAACUUCCAAGCACAAUCUCACCCCACUUGUGAGGAUAGUGGCUUAUCAUGCGUCUGGAUGUGACCCCAACAUUAUGGGUUUUGGGCCAGUCCCUGCCAUCACCGAAGCCCUGAAGAAAUCAGGAUUAACUAUCCAGGACAUGGACCUCGUGGAGGUGAAUGAGGCAUUUGCUGCCCAGUACCUGGCUGUGGAGAAAGCCCUGGGCCUUAAUCCUGAGAAGACAAAUGUUAAUGGGGGCGCCAUUGCCCUUGGACAUCCCCUGGCAGCGUCGGGAUCACGAAUCAUUUCUCAUCUGACACAUGAACUGAGGCGCCGUGGAGGCAAAUAUGCUGUGGGAUCGGCCUGCAUCGGAGGUGGUCAAGGUAUUGCCAUCAUCCUUGAGAAUCUCUCCUAAGCCAGUCAGGAUGUGAGAAAAAGACACUCAAGGGACCCUAGCUGAAGUAUUCAUCCGAUGAGCAUGAUUUCAGCUUGUAAUGAAACUAGUACCAUCUGCUUUUGGGACUUAAGAAUGUUAACAUCGGGCCAUAUCUACUAAGCACUGCUACAGCAUAUUGUGCAGCUAAAGAACCAGGCACUUAUUUCCACAGCUAAAGGAUAAACAUGGUCCGUGAUGUCUGCAACUGCCGUCCAUAAGUACUUUUUCUACACCCCGUGCACUAACGAAAGAAAUUAAACAUGUGUAUAUAUAUUUUUUUUCAUUCCUAGCCAUGUAUUAUAAGCUGAUGCAGUUACAGUACCUACGCUGGCUUCCCCUCUUUCCUUGUUCUUAGGUUGAUUUUCAAAUUGCAUUUGAUAUUACUGGAUUGAAAAUAAGCAGAAACCUAUCGCAUCCUUCGGAAUGCUGAUAAAUGAACAGGAUUUAUUACAGUGCCUUUACCUUAAAAGCAAAAAUCGGCUCUGUUUCAGGCACCUUGGAAUACACUUGCUACACUCAUUCACUCCAUGCAGAAAGUGAAGCUAAAUUAGCAAAGAUUAAUGACUUGAGAUUUAAGAGGUACUUAUAGAUAUUGUAGAUAACACCAAAACUACCUACCUGUUUUAUUAUGGGUGUGUGUGGGGGGGAGAUGGUAACACUUUUGGAGAAUGUUCUGUUUUCGGCAAGGGACUGUUGGCAAACAAAUGUUAUAAUGAGCAGUACUAAUCAUUAUUGUGCUCCUGAUGGCUGUAACACUCUCAAUGUGCCUUAGCAACAAGGGCUUUUUAUUCCAGUAGACUACCAGUGUAAAUUCUCUGUUCUAUGUGUUGGCUCCGUGCUGUACCUGGGGUUCAUCCCUGACUAUAACCCUCAAGCACUCACAAGAAUAAAAUAAGUUUAUGCUUUUGAAAAUA